GUUAAUACUAUAUAAUAUUAUGUCUAUAUAGAAAGUGUAAGUUUCAUCUUUUUAAAAUUGCAAUCUCAAUUUUAUUUUCAUAAGUUGAAUAUUUAGCUGAUGAUUAUUACACGUUUAUUAUGUUUAUAAAGUUUUACUUAAAAUACAUCCUAAAAGUAAAUUAAAAUUACCAACUCGAUUUUGGUCGUUGUAUAAAGAUAGUUUGAUUUCAGUGUAGCCCAUUAACUAUAAAGACGAGGAUAAAUAAUAAUUCAAAAUGAUACGAAUCGAAGAAAGUCUUUUAAAAUCAUAUCUAACUAUGUAUAAAUUUCCUGAAAAUACAAAAAAAGAAAUCAUAAAAACGUUAAAUUAUUAUCAUGGACUCAUUUGUAAUUUUGAGACAUUUUUGUUUUCAAAUAGAAUUGAAAAGAAACUAGUUAAUUUGAGUGGUACUAUUCCCGUUACAUUUAAAGGCACCACUUAUCACAUUCCAAUUAGUAUCUGGCUGAUGGAUACACAUCCAAAUAAUGCACCAAUCUGUUAUGUGAAACCUACAUUGGAUAUGCGAAUUAAAAUGUCAAUGUAUGUUGAUCAUAAUGGUAAAAUUUAUUUGCCAUAUUUACAUAAUUGGACUCCGACUACGUCCAAUCUUCUUGAUUUAAUUGGAGUAAUGACAGCAACUUUCUCAGAAACACCACCUGUAUAUUCAGUUGUUAGAACUGAACCCCCUGUAAACCCUGUUGCUUAUCCUACUCAAAUGCCAUAUGGUGGGACUGGUUCAAACGUGAUGUUGCCAUAUUCUUCAAUACCAACAUCAUCGACUGCUACUUCUAAUCCUUCCACAACAUACCAUGGAAAUUCUAAUACUCCUUAUCCUUUGUAUAAUAAUCAGUUUCCAACACCUUCGCCUUAUCCAACAGGUUCAGCCAAUACAUCAAAUUUUCUAUCUUAUACUCCACCAUAUACAACUCAAAAUUCUUCACAAAACUGUCCAUAUCCACAGCAACCUGCACAAACUAGACCAGAAUAUCCUCCUUACCCACCAACUUCUAGUAAUAUGCCUAAUACUUCUACCACAGGGUUGAGUGACGGUGGUACAAUAACUGAAGAACAUAUCAAAGCUUCUUUAUUAUCUGCUAUUGAAGAUAAAGUACGAAGGCGCUUUAAUGAACAAAUGGCUCAGAAUAAAGCCGAAUUAGAUAUAUUACAACAUUCUCAACGAGAAUUAUCACUUGGAAAAAAUAAAUUAGACUCUAUUUUGACAAGUCUCAACAAAGAAAAGUCUGAAUUAGAACAAAAUAUUCAAGUUUUGCGUGAUAAAGAAUUAGAACUUGAAAUGGCUAUUUCUAAGUUAUCUAAAGAAGAUAAUAUCGAUAUUGACGAUGCUGUAACUACAACUGCACCUCUUUAUAAACAAAUAUUGAAUGCAUUUGCUGAAGAAGCUGCAACUGAAGAUGCAAUUUAUUAUAUGGGAGAAGCAUUAAGAAGAGGUGUGAUUGAUCUUGAUGUAUUUCUGAAGCAAGUACGUUCCCUUUCCCGUAAACAAUUUAUGUUGCGGGCUUUGAUGCAACGAUGUAGGCAUAAGGCUGGCUUAGUGGCUUAAUUUAAAGGUGGUUAACUAACAAGAUCGAGAUAAAAUUAACAAGAUAAAAUGUUUAAUUUCUAUGGAUAAAUAAAAUGAGGUAAAACCACAUUUGCAGUAUAUAUAAUAUUACAUUAUAACACAUGUUUCUUAUGUUAUAUAUCUUGUAACUGUAUACUUACAUCAGUUAACUAUUGCAAUAGAGAUCAAUAAUAUGCUUAAUUUUGUUAGUCUUAUUAAAUAUUUUAUUACUAUAAAUUACUGUGCACUAAGUUGAUAUAUCAAUCAUUAUAUCUCUAAAAUAAAUACUAUUUCAUUUUAAAUUCUAUUUUACUUUAUUUUUAAAUUUUUAUAUAUAACAUUAGAUACUAUCAAUUAUAUAUUUUAUUAUGAUACUUUGUUGUAAGAAAAAAAGCACUAUAUAUAUAAAACAAAAUUAAAACUACAAUUGUAAUUUUAUUGAAGUUAUAAUUUAAAUCUAUAAUAAGUAAAAAUUAUUAUUAUUAAUUGUAUAUCGGUCAAAUCCACAAAAUAUAUUUAAUUUUAAAAUCUAUUUAAGCGUAUUCUAUUAUUAUGCCCAUGUUUUAAAAAAUACAAUAGUUUUUCUUAUAAACAAUUUUUUAACAUAUUGAUGUCUUAAUUAAAAAAUAAUUACAAUGUAACUAUUACAACAACAAAAAAUAUAAUAUAAUUAUAAUACCUUUUAUUUUAUUAAAAAAAUAGAAAAAUGGACUUAUGCAUUUGUGAAUAUGACCCAAAGAAAUUAUAAGUUGUAUUAAAUGUUUAAAAUUUAUUUUAGAGAUAUUUUAGCAAAAUUAUUUUAUAUAACUAUUGCAUAUUAUUUAAUCAUCUAAGGAAUGAUACUACUUUACUAAUAAUUAAUCUAUUACAUUUUUAGUUCAGUUUAUAAAAUUAAAUUGGCCAUUUAUAAAUUAUUAUUAAAGUAUCCUUAUUGUUUUAGAUUAUUAUGCUUUAAUGUAACUUAUACAAUUAUAUGUAAUAUAUAGAAGUUAAAUAAACUUAUAUAUAUAUA